UUUCCCUCAUAAGAACUCAUCAAUCAAGAAGCCAAAGAUGCCUACUGCUACCAAACUCUCACUGUACAUGAACCCAUCAAAAUUUAAUGCUUACACACUCUUUUCUUUUUCAAAAACUCGUAUAUCUGUUUCUUGUAAUUAACUACUUCCAACCAUCUGCUAACCAAACCCUUCAAUGCACUUGCCCUUCUCUCUCUCUCGCUCUCUGUAUAUUAUAUAUAUGUGUAUAUUUUUGUCUAUCUGUCCUUCUUUAUAAGUACUUUCUGCAUUAACAUUGUAGCCUUUGUAAUUCAUUUCCAUUUUUGAGCUUGUAGUAGCUACAGUCCCCUUUUAGCUUUUCAACUUCUGGAUUUUCGUGUUCUUGAUUUUUCUUGUUUCUUGCUCUUUGUCUCCAAAACAAAGUUCCUUUCUUUGGCCUAUAAUGGCUCCAGCUGCUGCUUCUUUCAGUGAAUCUUCGCAGACUGUUUGUGUCAUGGAUGCUUCUGGUCGUUUAGGCACCACCCUUGUUCAUAAACUCUUAAAAAGAGGCUAUACUGUUCAUGCUGCUGUCCAUAAUCAUGGUAAAUUAAAAUACUUUGAAGAGUUAUCUUGCAAAAGCAAAAAAUUGAGAGUUUUCUAUUCAGACCCCUUUGAUUUCCACAGCAUAAUAGAAGCAUUGAAGGGAUGCUGUGGCUUGUUCUAUUCCUUUGAACCUCCAUCAGAUCAGCCCACAUAUGACGAAUUUAUGGCAGAUGUAGAGGUAAGGGCAGCGCAUAAUGUGUUAGAAGCAUGUGCAAAAACGGUCACCAUACACAAAGUUGUCUUCACCUCCUCUGUUACAGCAGUCAUAUGGAGUAAUGACCGCAAUAGUACUUCUUCUGAUCUUGAUGAGAGAUAUUGGAGUGACGUAAACUUCUGCCGGAAGUUUAAGUUAUGGCAUGGACUGUCAAAGGCUCUGGCAGAGAAGACAGCUUGGGCCCUAGCAAUGGACCGCGGAAUCAACAUGGUGAGCAUAAACGGAGGACUCUUGAUGAGUCCUGAUCUCUCAAUCGCAAAUCCUUAUUUAAAAGGGGCAGCAGAGAUGUAUGAAGAUGGGUUGUUCGUCACCGUGGAUCUCAGUGUCGUUGUGGAUGCACACAUAUGUGUUUUUGAAGAUGUGGCAUCAUAUGGAAGGUAUCUCUGCUUUAACCAUGUCAUCAACUGCAAUGAAGAUGCUAUUAAGCUCGCCCGUGAACUACUGCCACCGUCGGAGUCAACGGUUCCUCAAAGUUUUGAAGAUACAAGAGUACAUCAACAGAGGAUAAGCAACAAGAAACUAAACAAACUGAUGGUGGACUUUGACAGUGAGCUGCAAAUAGAUUUAUCUGCAGGAUCAGCAUAGUUAUGCUAACGCAUACAAAAUUAUAUCACAAUUUUUUUUUUUGGUAAUCUUUUUAGGUGCUCUAUAUGUCAGAAUUCUCCGUUAUUUAAAGACUAGGAAUUACUUGCUCAUGAAUGAGCGCAACUGCAAAGAAAACAAUGCUGCAAAGUCUAUGUAUUACAUAAGUUGUGAAUCUCACCGAGUAUGAAAUACAUGAAAAGAUUCAAUUCGCAUUGAAAAGGAAAA